UUUUUUUUGAGAGAGAGAGAGAGAGAGAGAGAGAAUGAAUCGUAGCCGUUGGAUGAUGUCGCCGGGAGCGGGGGAGCUGGUGAGGAAGCUCUGUACGGCGGCGGCGGCGGCGGGGGGUCGGCGUGACAAUCCGGAUAGGCUUUACCGGAGGCUAUCGGCUUUGGGAGGAAGCGGGAGGAGCGCGGCCACGGCCUUGAAUGAUUACAUCAUGGAGGGCAGAACGGUCAAGAAAUAUGAGCUCGAGCGCUGCAUCAAGGAGCUCCGCAAGUACGGCCAGUACCAGAAUGCUCUCGAGAUAAUGGAAUGGAUGGAGUUUAGGAAAAUUCAUUAUGCUUUGCCUGACUAUGCCGUACGGUUGGAUCUUACGGCGAAAGCCAAAGGGAUAGAGGCAGCUGAGAGUUACUUCAGCAAUUUAGCACCGUCUGCCAAGAACAAAUUGACUUACGGAUCCCUUUUGAACUGUUAUUGCAAGGAAGUGAUGGAAGAGAAGGCGUUGGCGCUUUAUCAGAAGAUGGAUGAGUUGGACUAUGCUAACUCGACUCUGGUUUUUAACAAUCUCAUGUCUUUGUACAUGAGAAAGGAGCGGCCGGAGAAAGUGGCGCCUUUCGUAGAGCAAAUGAAGCAGAGGGAGAUAUCUUUAGAUACGUUUAGUUACAAUAUCUGGAUGCAGAGCUAUGCCUCUUUGAAUGAUAUUGAAGGCGUGGAGAGAGUUGUGGAAGAGAUGCAAAGCCAAGAUCAAGACAAAUGCAACUGGUCAACAUAUAGUAACCUGGCUUCCAUCUAUGUAAAGGCGCAGCUUUUUGAGAAGGCUGAGCUAGCGCUUAAAAUGUCGGAGAAAAUGAUGAUACCGCUGAAGCAGCGCCAGACGUACCAUUUCUUGAUUACCCUCUACGCCAACACUGGUAAUCUAGGUGAGGUCAAAAGAAUAUGGGAAUCCCUCAAGUUAGCUUUCCCAGAAACCACCAAUAUGAGCUAUAUACUUGUGCUUCAAGCUCUAUGUAAGCUAAAAGAUGUUGAGGGUUUGAAACAAUGCUUUGAGGAGUGGCAGUCCAAUUGCUCCAGUUAUGAUAUGAGGUUAGCAAAUGUUGUUAUACGUGCUUAUCUUAGUCAGGACAUGUAUGAAGAAGCGCUGUUGAUCUUUAAGGAUGCUACUAAGAGGUCUAAAGGGCCUUUCUUCAAGGCUCGAGAAAUGUUCAUGGUUUACUUCUUGGAUGCCCGCCAGGUUGAUUCGGCCAUUAGCUAUUUGGGAGAGGCGAUUUCAGAAACCAAGGAUGAGAAUUGGCAUCCGUCUCCAGAAACCAUUGGUGCAUUUUUUAAGUAUUUUGAGGAAACAAAAGAUGUUGAUAGCGCUGAAAACUUUCGUAAGAUUCUGAAGCGUCUAAAUUGUCUCAGUUCCAAUGAGUAUUCUUUGUUGCUUAAGGUUUAUCUAGCUGCUGGUGAGUUGCUUCCUGAGAUAUGUCAGAGAUUGAAGGAAGACAACAUUCAAAUAAGCCCCGAGCUUGAGGAAUUGGUGGAGAGGGUUUCCCCAAGUAGAUCAACAGCAUAGCAGUCCCCUAGUUUUGACAGGUUUUGGCAUUUUGUAAUUCCUUUAACUUAUACACGGGAACCUCUGUAGUUUUCUGAACUCAAGAUUGUUAAAGGCUGGUUGUAUUGGUUUUCGGCUUUCCAAAAUUCAAUCUCAAUCUGAUUUCAUAUUUGUGCUAUCAAGCAUCUACUCAAAAUUGUCUUCACAAACAUCUUGGGAUCCAAGGUCUUUCGAUAACUCUCAGAUUGUGGUUUCAGGUAUUUGGUCUUUUAUUUUUGUAUCUUGACCGUCUCUUUGAUGAUUGCUCAUGUAAUAUUUGUUUUGGGCCGCAGUUCGUUGUGCUUGGC